AUGAGUACAGUAUUUGCUGAGUUCAAAGAAGCUCAGCAGACAGGCAUUGGUUCUGCACUGGCCGCUACAAUCACUCCUGUUGCCCCUCCAAAGGACCCAGAUAGGCUGCGAAAUUUGUAUUAUUUCACAAAUGCUGCCAAUGUUCAGGUGGAUAUCAGAUAUGCUCUCCUUCAAGACCGAUCAACGGGGAUCAAACUUCCGAAGCAGGAAGGCAAUGUGUGGGUAGAAAUUUUCGUGGCAUACUGGAAAGCUGUGGCCGAAAUAGUCGAAAUUGAAGAGUCGCCUCAGACGGGGAGUUGGGCCAAGGUCUUCAACGCUUGGAAGCAGGUUGCCAAUCUUCUCAUACGCGGGUACACCAAUGGAGGAUUCCAGGCGUGGACGCUGCCUUGUCUAUAUAUCGUUGGGAGAUAUCUUCGAAUAUUUGCGGUGGAAGCGGAUGCCAGCACGUCUCAGGAUUCAGAUGCUUAUAAUAAUAGCUUCCAAGACGACGUGGUAUCCGAUCCCAGUAAGAAUGCCAAACUGGAGGAGUCAUCUCAAAUCAUUAACCGAAUGUUCACGUUGUGUCUCCACGAUAGGGCACCUAUUGAAGAGUCUCGUAAAUGGGGCGUGUAUAACACUGUGAACCUUUCUUUCAAAACAUAUUUUAAGCUCGGGGCCGUAUCAUCCUACGAGAACUACGCAGAGGCUGAAGAGCAUUUGACGUACGCGUGGAAAAUGUGCCAUCCCGACGCCAAGAAAAAUAAAGAACUAAUUCUUACCUACCUUAUUCCCUGCCACAUCGUAACAACCCACACACUGCCGACACGUCGACUCCUUGCCCCCUAUCCUCUUCUUGAGAAGCUCUACAGUCCCUUGAGCAAGUGCAUCAAGAAAGGCGACCUUACGGGCUUCGACACGGCGAUGGCUGCCGGUGAGAAUGAAUUUGUCAAGAGACGUAUAUAUCUACCGCUCGAACGGGGACGAGACAUCGCUCUCCGAAAUCUUUUCCGGAAGGUGUUUUUGGCUGGAGGAUACGAUCCACCCGUGAACGGACAACCACCUAUCCGGCGUACGCGAAUCCCUGUUGCGGAAUUCGCUGCUGCAAUUAGGCUAGGCAACAAGGUGGAUGAAAAGGUUCCGCUUGACAUGGAUGAAGUUGAAUGCUUUCUAGCAAAUCUCAUUUACAAAAACUUGAUGAAAGGAUACAUUUCUCGGGAAAGAGGUAUUGUGGUGCUAAGCAAAGGCGGCACCGCGUUCCCCGGAACCGGGGUCUAA